CACAAACAGCCGCCUAGGAGCGCUUUUGACACGCUGCGCAGAUCCCGCGCGCAGGAACACACCGCCAUAUGCUUGGGAGAGAGUUUCGACCAGGAAAAUCCUUGCCGUCCUCCGAAGCCUCGUGAAAACAACAAUGUCUCGAAGAAGAAGAUACAGUGACGAUGAAGACGAAGGCCGCGGCAACAAACGUCGCCGGACCAGCGAACCGCUGGAGAUCGAGGACAGACUGGAGUCCCUCAUCACUCGUGUGGGGGAGAAGAGCACAUCAUCAUUAGAAUCUAACCUGGAAGGACUGGCUAGUGUGCUGGAGGCCGACCUGCCAAACUACAAGGCCAAGAUCCUCAAGAUUCUUGUUGACUGUGCCGUACAACUGCCAGAGAAGCUGUCUGUAUACACCACACUUGUUGGCCUGCUCAACGCUCGCAACUACAACUUUGGGGGCGAGGUAAGGAGUCAAAAGUUGAAUGGUGUUUUGAAUUCGGGUAACAGUAUGCAAAAUACUAUUGCUGAGGACAAAACCUACCUUUUCUUGGCAGUUACGAUCAGUACAUGUGUAAACAAAUUGUAG